UCUAACACCCGUUAAGCCGCGCGCCCCUGACGCGCGCGCUCUCUCUCUCUCUCGCUCUCUUUCGCUCUCUCUCGCCAGUUCAGGAUGUACUCGUCUCCUUCUCUUCACCUUUAACACUGACUGUGACGCCGCCGUAGUUCGGUUCGGGAGUUCAUGUGGGAAGGGGGCUGGAGCUGAUCCUCUGUCCACUGUUUUGCCUUUUCUACUGAGUGUUUUGGGUUCUUUUCUCUCUUUUUUGCGGGGUGGUUGAACACACUCAUCUCCGGACUCCGACAUGGGAAUGUACCUCCACGUGCUGUUUUUGCUCUGCUAUUUCGUCUCGAGCUUCGUGUGCAACGCCGUCUCCUUCGUGGAGGAGCCCGCCGGCGGCAGGUUGGACGGUUACUGCGGGCGGAUCCUCCGGGCGCAGACCCAGGGGACACGGAGGGAUGGGCACAACGAGUUCAGACUCAGAGUGGAGGGGGACCCGGAGACCUAUCAGCCGGGCACCACCUACAGAGUGGUCCUCAUGGCAACCAGCCCCGCUUAUUUCCGGGGUUUCACCCUCAUCGCGCUGAAAGAGGGCAGAGAGGGCACCACGGAUGACGACUACACCGGCCAGUUCCAGAACAUUGAUGCGGAGGACACACAGUUCAUGACCAACUGUGCCCCUGCAGUGACGGAGAGUACCCCUCGCAGACGCACAAGGAUACAGGUCUUCUGGACGGCGCCGCCCACUGGGUCUGGCUGCGUUAUACUGAAGGCCAGUAUUGUCCAGAAGAGAAUCAUUUAUUUCCAGGACGUAGGCUCUCUCACUAUUCGUCUGUGUGAGAAAGAGCGUGUGUUCGGCGAGGCCACAGAAGCUCCCGCGAUGGAGUGCUGCGCCUGCGGAACAGCCAAGUACAGACUCACCUUCUACGGCAACUGGUCGGAAAAAGUCCACCCCAAAGACUACCCGAGACGAGCCAACCACUGGUCGGCUCUGAUUGGUGCAUCUCACUCCAGAGGCUACGUGCUGUGGGAGUACGGGGGCUACGCCAGCGAGGGCGUCCGUCAGGUCGCUGAGUUCGGCUCCCCCAUCAAGAUGGAGGAACAGAUUCGACAGAAGGGAGAUGAAGUGCUUACCGUUAUUAAGACGAAGGCUCAGUGGCCGGCAUGGCAGCCGCUUAACAUGCGAGCGGCUCCAUCAGCCGAGUUUUCUGUGGACCGGACCCGUCACCUGAUGUCCUUCCUCACCAUGCUGGGGCCCAGCCCAGACUGGAAUGUCGGGCUGUCGGGAGAGGACCUCUGCACCAAGGACUGUGGCUGGGUCCAGAGGUUGGAUACGGGCCUCAUUCCCUGGGAUGCAGGCACUGACAAUGGUGUCACGUAUGAGUCACCGAACAAGCCCACCAUUCCUCAGGAGAAGAUUCGACCCUUGACCAGUUUGGACCACCCCCAGAGCCCGUUCUACGACCCCGCGGGAGGGGCAAUUACCCCUGUGGCCAGGCUGGUAGUGGAGCGCAUUGCUAGAAAGGGUGAGCAGUGCAACGUGGUCCCGGACACCAUAGACGACAUCGUGGCUGAUAUUGGACAGGAGGAGAAGGAGGAAGAUGACACACCAGAGACGUGCAUCUACUCGGGCUGGUCUCCGUGGUCGGCCUGUAGCAGCGCGACGUGCGAGAAGGGACGCAGGAUGAGGCAGAGGAUGCUGAAGGCCCAGCUGGACCUCAGCGUGCCAUGUCCCCGCACCCAAGAUUUCCAGCCCUGCAUGGGGCCGGGAUGCAGCAUUGACGAGCCAUCCACGUGUAUGAUGUCGGAGUGGAUCAGCUGGUCGGCCUGCAGCGUGUCCUGUGGGAUGGGGAUGAGGUCUAGAGAGCGCUACGUCAAACAGUAUCCUGAGGACGGCUCGCUCUGCCAGCUCCAGACGGAGGAGACGGAGAAGUGCGUCGUCAACGACGAAUGCUCACCCAGCAGCUGCGUGGUGACUGAGUGGGCUGAGUGGGACUCCUGCAGCGUCACCUGUGGCUUGGGCAUGAGGAGACGUGAGCGCAUGGUGAAGAUGCCCCCCGUAGACGGGUCCAUGUGCAAGACCGAGGUGGCAGAAGUGGAGAAAUGCAUGAUGCCAGAAUGCCAUAGCCUCCCCUGCAUGCUGUCGCCCUGGUCCGACUGGAGCGACUGCAGCGUGACGUGUGGGCGGGGCUUGAGAACGCGCCAGAGGAUGCUGAAGUCGGAUCCCGCGGGCUGCUCCGAGGAGCUGGAGCAGACGGAGAAGUGCAUGCUGCCCGAGUGCCCCGUCGACUGCAUGGUCUCCGAGUGGUCCGAGUGGUCCGAGUGCAACAAGUCCUGCGGCAAAGGACACACCAUUCGGACCCGUAUGGUCAAACUGGAGCCGCAGUUCGGGGGCGGGGCUUGCCCCGAGACCAUCCAGAGGAAGAAGUGCAAGAUCAGGAAGUGCCGGACGAAAGCGAAGGAGGAGAGAGGAGGAGGAGGAGGAGGAGGAGGAGGAGGCGGUGGCGGUGCAGGAGGAGGACAGAGAAGGAGGCGGGGCAAACAGGGAAAAGACGCGGCGGCGGCGGCGGCGGCGGAGCAGACAGGUUGCAGGAUGCGGCCGUGGACCGCCUGGACGGACUGCACCAAGCCAUGCGAGGGGGGCAUCCAGGAGCGCUUCAUGGCCGCGAAGAAAAGGGCCAAGGGCGCCCUGGCGGCCGGCUGCAAGAACCAGAAGGAGAUCCGCGCCUGUCACGUUCACCCCUGUUAG